UUGGCCCUUAAUGUUUUUGGCCAUCGAUAGGCAAAAGUAAGGGAAAGAUGGUUUCCUUUUUGAUAGGAUUCCCCAAGUCACUCUGCGAAUGGUGUUGGUGGCUGUGUGGAAAUGUGAUCUGGUCACCAUCCACUCUGCCCGUCGGAGGUCACCAUUCAAAAUGUGGAUCGCUGAUUUUGGCUCAAAGCGACAAGUUCUAAUUUGAUGUUGAUUUUGAAAAUGAAUUUAGGACGUGUGUGGUACUUGGAGUGGCUGCAGGUGCAAGCUGGGAUAUUACCAAAUUCACUUGAUUGUAGAUCCGCUAUCUGCACAUUCAGGCAGGAGACUAGAAAGAGUGUCGCGAAGUGAAGGUUCGAGAGCGUUCUUAGAAGAAAGGAAAAGAGGUGAAAAAACAUCAUCAUUCUCUAUGUUCAACUGAGGCUUUAUACCGUCUUCUUAGUUUUGAAUUCGUGGGGGUAGAGGCGUCGGGUGUACAUCAAGAAGCAUGUAGAACAAAUUUCUAGGUAUUUUCAUUCAGGCCCAUGAUAGUAAUUGCACAUGAUAGUAGUUGCGAACGAGGGAAAUUGGAUCACGACACGGGUGGAGAGCGAGGUACACGGCACCCAAACAAAUAAACCUGCUUUUUCUUCACAAUGGGACCAUUGCUUCUGAUCAUUGCAGUUCUGGCUUGGUUUCUUGCAUCAGACCCGCUCGAAUUCUCCACUUUAUCUGGAAUAGAUGACUUUCAUGCACAGUACGUAGCUCUACCUCCCUUCAAUCCUCUCACAAAGAUCACCCCUGAUGCGGAGAACAAAUUGCAAGCGUCAGCAGUCAUUGGGACUGGUGAUAUUUUUGGACCAGAGAGCAUUGUUUUCGACGCUCAAGGAAAGGGUCCUUACACAGGACUAAGUGAUGGGCGAAUUGUGUGCUAUGACGGACCUGAGCUAGGUUGGAGCACUUUUGCCACCACCAGCAAGAAUCGAUUGUUGAGGUACUGGAUCAAAGGCCCCAGUGCUAAUACAUGGGAGGUAUGGAUAGAUCUGCCCGGAAUACCGGACAAUGUGCGCCGAAACAACAAUUGUGAAUUCUGGGUAGGGUUUCACGGAAAACGCACAUUUGUAGAAAUGCACAGUGGAGCAGUUCCAUGGUUCCGUCACUUUGUUGCCAAACUCCCUAUUCCUUCAAAUUAUUUGUAUAAAAUCGUUGCGCCAAAAGCCCAUGCUCUUAUUGUACGAUAUAGCCCUGAAGGUCAGGUGCUGGAAGUUCUUGAGGACCAGACAGGAAAAGUGGUCAAGGUUGUUAGCGAGGUAGAAGAGCAUGAUGGGAAGCUGUACAUAGGGACGGUUCUGUUUCCUCAAAUAGAUAUUUACACCCUGCCAACCUGAGCCUAAACCCAAUCUCAGAACGCAGAAUUGCAUCCUAAAUCUUUCAGGACACCAGUCUGACGCUUCCAAUAUGUUCACCCUACACGGUCUAUUACAUUCAGCGGAUGUAAGCUUAAUCUAGAAACGUGUAUUGUCAUGUUCAUAACUUUGCCAUGCAUUUAUGUUGCAAUAAACCCUGUGUU